AUGAAAGUGAUCUUCCCAGCAAACGAAGAAAGACCGGGCAAGAUUUGGCGAAAGUUGAAGCAAAACAGCGCAGGAGUGAGGAUCGAUAAGAGAAGACUUUCACAUCACUGGAUUCUUCUACGGCAUAGUUUUGCAAAACAUCUACCGACCAUGCAACCGUAUUAUCCUAUCAUUGGAAACGGGCAUCUAUUUAUGGACAAGUCGCGCGUAAAACUCUUCUACGCACUUAUGCAACCGUUUCAAGAGUUUAGUGGUUGGUUUAAAAUGUGGCUCGGUCCUAAGCUGGUGCUGUGUACGUCCAAUCCAGACAUCGUAAAUGCGGUGCUCACACAUCCCGAGUGUCUUGAAAAACCGUUUCUGUACGAUUUCGUGAAACUGGAGCAUGGAAUAUUUGCCGGACAUUAUCACCCGUGGAAGACUCAACGCAAGGCACUCAACCCGGCAUUCAACACACGCAUACUGCACAGUUUUAUACCCGUGUUUGUGGAAUGUUCCAAGCAGAUGGUUCAAAAUAUGGAGAACAGCAUGGGCGAAGAUGCAGAAUCGUUAUGCAUCUUACCCUUCAUCAGUAAGUGCUCGCUGGAAAUGGUUUGUGGCACUACGAUAGGGUGUGAUGUGUUGGAAUUACCUGGCAAGGACUCGUUUGUAGAAAAUUUGGACCGAUGUUUUGAACUGGUAGCGAAACGAAUGUUUAAUAUUCAUCAGUAUAUCGAAGCACUUUAUCGAUUUACCAGAGACUAUAUCGAAGAAACUCAGUGCCGCAAUUCCUGUUACCGUUUCUUUGAGGCGGUCAUAGAAAAAGCCAAAGCACGUAAAGUAGCGUCCAGCGGUGACUUUGUUGAUGAAUGUGAGGAUUACAAGCGACCACAAAUAUUUGCCGAUCAACUGUUGUCCGUGCAACACAAUGGAAAUCCCUUUACAGACAUAGAAAUAACUCACAAUAUCUACUCGAUGAUCGCAGCGGGAUACGACACCACAGCACUACAGGUCACGCACAUCUGCCUAUUUCUGGCCAUGUUUCCGGACAUACAGGAGCGUGUGUACCGUGAGGUGCUGGACGUCUUCCCUGACCCGGAACAGGACAUUACGCUGGAGGAUCUGAAGCGGCUCACCUACAUGGAGCGCGUAAUAAAGGAAAGUCUUCGGAUAGCGUCAUCCGGACCGAACAUUGCACGCCAAACAAUGCAAGACAUAGAAAUAGCGGAUCUUCACAUUCCGAAGGGUAGUCUCAUAUCGCUGAGCUUUUUCUCAAUGCACCAUCGUAAAGAUGUUUGGGGACCUGAUGCUGACGUGUUUGAUCCGGAUUGGUUCCUACCGGAACGUAGCGUUGGACGGAACGUAAACGCAUUUGCUCCGUUCAGUGGUGGUAUGCGGAAUUGUAUCGGGGCGCGUUAUGCAAUGCUAGCUAUGAAAGUGAUGUUGUCAACUAUAGUGAGGCGGUUGCGUUUACGAUCAAACUUGAAAAUGAAUGAUUUAAAGUUUAGGUUCGAGUUAACCCUUAAGCUUGAAUCAGAUUACGUUGUGGUUGUAGAAAAACGACAACCAACCAGCGAGAAGUCCGCAGUUGUCACUUAA